GGGUUAGUUACCUUAUGUAAUAGUUAACUAGAUUCAUACCAAGAUUCUAUAGUUACUGUUGUUGGUAGUUAGAAUUUAUUCGCCAAUGAAUUGAAACUUCCCCUGAAUUAAAAUCUUCAAAGCUCUCACCAUCCUACCAGGCUUCUCAUUGGACAGCCGAAUAACUCCUAUCCAAGAACAGCUCUAGUUCAACAGCUGCCUAAACAGCUGCCUAACAAGGUAGUAAAUUAAACAAGUUACAUAGUAUGCGGCGCAGGACUGUGCCGUGCGCUAAAAGGAAAUGACAACAUCUUUUUACCGUUUCAAUUCUCUUUUCCUUUUUCUCUUUUGCCUCUUCCUUACAAAGUGCAAAUCUUUCCUUUCGUGGCAAUCCCAAAUAAAAGGACUGCCGUCCAUUCGUUCCUACAUACAUUACUGCACAUCAUCUCCAAGUCCGAAUUAAUCCUACCUCUUGGUAAUUACUCUUGUCGUAUUUUCCUCCGUCUUAAACGCCAUGUACGCCAAAGCACCCACGGUCCUCCUGGCCGCACUGCUCGCGGGACAGGCCGCCGCCAAGACCGACAUAGGCGGCUGCGUAUCGUCCGCAACCGUAAGAUAUGGCGGUGCCAGCUUAAUCUGGUACGUCCCGGACACCGGUGAGAUUUGCGAGUUCCUCGACUGCGGCGGCGGGCGUGCACCACCCAAGACAACCGUUCCGGGCUGCGAUGGCUACCAAGGAACCGCCACCUAUUCGCCCAGCUUUCUGCCGGGUUUCGGUGCCUCUGCGACUCCUACUUCGACUGAGAACUCCGUCCCGGCCUCUACCUCGGCCUCUACGUCCGCGUCCAGCUCCAGCUCGGCGUCUGGCGAAUCUUCUAGCGAGUCUUCCGUGGAAUCCUCCGGGGAAUCUUCUGGCUCGGCAGCUACCUCGGCAGCAAGCUCGGCUUCUAUUACUGGUACAACAACCGGUACAAUCUCUGUUGCUACCAUCACUGCGGCACCGACUGCAACACUGGAAACAAGCACAGGUGUUGCCUCAAACGGCGAGUCUUCUGCAUCAACUGGAGGCUCAACUGGAGGAAGUUCUCAGGGUGCCGAGUCUGCUAGCACUUCUGGAGCGAGCAGUGUUUCCGAGGCCGCGGCUAUGCCGACCGCAGCUGUGAAGGGUGCUAUGCGCGUGGCAGUUGGCCUGGUGGCGGGUAUGGCAAUGCUAUGAGUAAUGGUCUUAACUGAGGACAGUCACUAUUAGACUGUAUGAGUUUAGUUGGAUAUAAUGUUUGCAUUGAAUCAUAAAUAUUAAUAGAUGCUUAUCGCAACAAAC